GGUGGACCGGACCAGCUGCAGUCCAGGUGAUAACCAGUGGGAGUGUGUUCAUUUUCUAACCCCAAAACAGUAGAAAUUAUGCGAUCAAUGUCCCCGAAGAAAGUCGUGAUCGUUCCGGGAAAUGGCGCAGGUGAUGUUAAGCACUGCAACUGGUAUGGCUGGGUUAAUGAACGGAUAAAUAAGAUUCCCGGUGUGUCCUGUCAGUUGCAAAACAUGCCAGACCCGGUCACCGCCAGGGAAAGCAUAUGGCUGCCUUUCAUGGAGAAAGAGCUUGGAUGUGACGAACAGACCGUAAUCGUUGGUCACAGCUCCGGAGCGGCCGCCGCUAUGAGAUAUGCUGAGACACACAAGGUAUUUGGCAUUGUUCUGGUGGGAGCCUACACCUCAGACCUGGGAGACGAGAAUGAGCGUGCAAGUGGGUAUUUCAGUCGGCCAUGGGAAUGGGAGAAGAUUAUGGCAAAUGCAAACCACAUUGUCCAGUUCGGAUCAACAGAUGACCCUUUCCUACCAUGGGAGGAGCAGCAGGAAGUAGCUGAUGGACUAAAUGCAGACCUUCGCAAAUAUUCCGACCGUGGACAUUUUCAAAACACACAUUUCCCAGAGGUCAUCACUGCUGUGCAGAAAAUUAUAACUGGAUGAGAAUGCCACCAAAGAGCAUUUCCUAGAGUAGUAAUAGUCAGGAUACCAAGUGCCCUCUCAAAGUUCUUUUGAUUUGUUCACUAAAGUACAUUUAAUUUUCAUUUGUGAAAUUUCACUGGGGAUAAAACCCAGUUUCCCCAUCUGCUGAUAUUAGUUAAUUUGUUUUGUCAGCAAGUCCAAACUGGAAACUUUCAAAUGACAUUACAAUGGCCAUUAUCAUUAUAUAUUUAUGUUUACAUUAUGCUUUAAUAGACACCUAUGGUUGCUGGACAUUUUGCUGUCAGUCGGACCAAGCUGCAGAGGUGUCUAUCUAAAUAAGUAAGCCUGUAUGAGUAAAAUGAAGCUGGUUGAAAGGAUUUUUAGUUCAUUUUCAUUCAAUUUCAUUGAAAUUCAAACCAGAUUUAAAUGCUGUCUUGAAGAUUUUUUGGGGGUGCGACCAUCACGCUCCUAUAAUGUACUAAUUGGUGAUUGAAUUCAUAUGUAUUGAUGUAAUCACAACACUGCUUAAAAUAACAGCAAUUAGCAUCUUAUGCAAAGCACUCUCUCACACGCAUACACACACACAUGCCUAAGCAACCUGUACCAUCUUCACUCAUCUGUCACUCAACCGCCUAAAGCGGGUUUUAAGCACUGACUCCAACUGACUGUCUGACUGACUGGUUUGUGGAUUCUGUCCCAUGCGUAUUGGGUUACCUGCAGCGUCCAACGGAGCACAGCGCGAUGGGGUCUCCCAUGGCGGCCACCGGGGACUGGGUGUGUGUGAUAGCCGUGUUGAGGAGCUUGUAAUUGGACAGGAAGCCAUAGUCCAGGUCCUCUGUGGAAUCCUCCACCAGCUGCUCCUUCCAUUUGAUGGCCAUCUGCUUGUGCUUGCAGGUGUGACGCGUGCGGACAGUGCUCAGGAACAGCACACGGAACUGCUUACCUGCGGGGGAUUCGAGGGUCACUGCAUCGCAACAGCCAUUCUCCUCAAAGGACCGUGCCCCAUUUCAAUGAAUCGAGUAUGAUUUGAGACUUUGUUACCAUGGGACAGAACAGAAUUAUUUCACACUAAUCACUGUGGGAAACAAGCACCUGAGGACCCGGACCCCUUCAAGGGCAAUUUCAGCGCACAAGCCCAGGUCGUCGUCCAUUACAUCAAUUAAGCACAAACCAAUCUAACUCUGCAACCACUGCUGCUCCUGUAAGCGUGUUCAAAGUCGCAGCCUUUAACAGGCCUUCAGUUGCUCGUCUCUCGCUGGUCUAGAACCACCAUCCAUGGCCACAUACUGCAUCCUAAAUCAGCCAUAUAACAGCACACAAACUAAAUCUCUCCUAGAAUUAUGGUUGAGGUCCAAUAGGGUGUAAAUUCCAAAACAAAGCAGAAAAUCCACCAGUGUCUACAUGUUUUGGACUGAGCCCAUUAGAGCAGUUCUUAUGGCCCUGUGUUGCUGGACACACUGGAAAUCCACCAGUGCCUACUGGUUUGGACUGGGCCCAUUAGAGCAGCUCUUAUGACCCUGUGUAGCUGGAUACACUGGGUCUCAGGCAAAAUCAUCGUUCUUUAAAAAUCAUUUGUUUGCAAUUUAAGAAGGUUUGCCAUGCUCACCAGUUUGUUUCCUCUAACUGGUCAUUUUCUCUUGGGCACAAACAGCAUUUUUAAUAGUGGUCCAGGCUUGUCAUACAUGUGUACAGCUGUUGCCAAAAGAAAAAGACAGCAUUGAUGAAAGGACUGUAACUACUUUAUUAAUUUCAUUAGAAAUAUGGGUGAAAAUAAAAAUUAAUCUUCACUCUGAUAUUCUCCCUCAGCAAUCAACUUGCAACAGCAGAUGUGAAUCCUGGUGGGUUUUCUUAUGCUAAUCUAUGAAAACAAAGUUUUUUUUUAAUCAGAGGAUGACGUUUUUAUGAAUGAUGCUUCUGGACAAAAUUGGGCAGGGCACUUAACGAUUUUCUGGUGUCAAAUAAGAUAAUACAAAAUUCUCAUGAAUGAACACUAUUGUGCAAACGUUUACAAUGGGAACUUGGAACAAAUUGUGGAAUUUUCGAGUGCUUGUUGAAUCUGACAAAAAUAUGGUCAUACAAACUGACUUCACAGCAAAAGUAUGAAAAAUCUGAGGGAUAUGAAGACGAAAAAAAAAGUCCCUACACGAGACCCAUAUGUGCAAGUUCUAAUUUGCAGGACUGCGGUCCACAAUUAAUUAUAAUCAAUUAUAAUCGCAUGCAUGCUUGCUUUCCCCCCUUUCCUUUUCCCCUGCUUUGUACGUCAGCCUCGUCAGGAAAAGUGAAGUAAAAAAGGUCACACCUACUAGUUUUCACAGAGCAGAAUCCUGCAGAGGUACUCGGAGGGGUAGUGCUCGUGCAGCCGGUCCAGUAGGGACACGCGCAGAUUCCUCUAGCACACCAGAGUAUACGCAGUACCAUACUCUUAGAGGAAUACUGCAAGCCUAAAUCGCAAACAAAUGUCGAUUCAUGCAUCAAUCAGAUCAGUUUCAAAUGGUCUUGAUGGAUUUUAUUUUGUCAAAUGAAAAAUAAAAGUAGGCUAUAACUAUGCCCUGAAGAAA